CUUCCACAAGAGUCUCAUAAUAAUAAAAAAAAAAGGAAGGAAACAGAACAACUUACAUCAACACCGUCACCUCCACCUCCACCUCCACCUCCACCUCCACCACCACCUCCCCUCCUCUUCCUCAGGCUCAGUUAAAUAUCAGGAAUCAAAAUUUUGGUACUACUCAAUAGAGAGAAAGAGAGAGAGGCAUAAGAAAGCGAGUUUGGAGCAAAAAGGAAGCAUCUUUUCUGAAAGAAAGUGAAGAAGAGAAAGAGAGAAUAAGCAGAAAUGGGGGUUGAUUAUUAUAAGAUAUUACAAGUAGAUAGGAGUGCUAAAGAUGAUGACUUGAAGAAAGCUUAUAGGAAACUUGCUAUGAAAUGGCAUCCUGAUAAGAACCCAAAUAAUAAAAAAGAAGCUGAAGCUAAGUUUAAACAGAUCUCUGAAGCCUAUGAGGUCCUUAGCGAUCCCCAAAAAAGAGCAGUAUAUGACCAAUAUGGUGAAGAGGGUCUAAAAGGUCAGGUACCACCCCCUGAUACGUCCGGUGGAACUUCCUACUUUUCCACUGGAGAUUUUCCUGGAUCAGUUAGAUUCAAUCCCCGCAGCGCAGAUGACAUUUUUGCCGAGUUUUUUGGGUAUUCAAGCCCAUUCGGAGGCAUGGGAGGUAGUGGUGGAGGCAUGAGGGGACCAAGGUUCUCAAGUGGAAUGUUUGGUGAUGAUAUUUUUGGGUCUUAUGGUGAAGGAGGAGGAGGGUCAAUGCAUCAAGCUGGGCCCAGAAAAGAUCCUCCAAUCGAGAAUAGGUUGCCCUGUAGUCUUGAGGAGCUUUAUAAAGGGUCUACUAGGAAGAUGAAGAUAUCUAGAGAGAUAGUUGAUGUGAGCGGCAAGAUUAUGCAGGUGCAGGAAAUCCUAACAAUCGACAUAAAGCCUGGCUGGAAGAAGGGCACGAAGAUUACCUUCCCACAGAAAGGGAAUGAACAUCCAAAUGUCAUUCCUGCUGAUCUUGUCUUCAUAAUUGAUGAAAAACCUCAUCUUGUAUUCACUCGUGAUGGUAAUGAUUUAAUCGUCACUCAAAAGAUUUCUUUAGCUGAAGCCCUAUCAGGUUACACUGUCCAUCUCACUACCUUGGAUGGAAGGAACUUAACCAUUCCAAUAAAUAGUGUGAUUCAUCCAAGCUACGAGGAGGUUGUCCCAAGGGAAGGAAUGCCAAUACAAAAAGAUCCAGCAAAGAAGGGAAAUCUGAGAAUCAAGUUUAACAUCAAGUUCCCAACAAGGCUGACAUCAGAGCAGAAAGCAGGAAUCAAAAAGCUUUUAGGUUCCUAAGAUCAACUUCAAUGUCAUACAUCUCUAGACUCCAGGAAAGAAAAAAAGAAAAAAAACUUAUUCUGUGAAUACAUAUUUAGGAACUAUGAAUUUUGCAAUAGAAUGAGGUAUUAUAGGCUGGUUUGUUUUUCUCGAUACUGCUUUAUGUGAUUCAGUAAUUAGAUUUGAGAGUGUCAGCUCCUUAAUGUUCUGAGUAUUGUAUCCUCAAACAAAGGUAUACUUCUUGUUGGGUCACAGUUUGUCAAAAAUUUCAAGGCUGAGGGUGGAUAAUGGUUACAUGGUUUAAAUUUGUAGUAUUCAAUAAAGCAGUUUAAGUUUUUAGUAUUCAGUAAAA